CACAGGAUCGGGAGCUGGAGUGGACUUAGCGGCUGCGGUUGGGCCGUGCCGCGUCUCCCAUGGCUCAUGGCCGACUCCAGCAGCAACGACUCGGAGACAUCGACAGAGUCAUCCGAAGAGAACUGGCUCUGGCCCUGCAGCCGACGACGACGAUGCGAGCCGGGCUCCUUCGAGGAGUUGGACCCGGAGCUGCAGAACAUGAUCUUCCAGCGGGACACCCUCAAUGCCAGCAUUGAGGAGCACGUCCGGCGACAAGGCCUCGAUCAGCCGGUGGUGAACGACGUGACGUCCAAGUCCUCCAUCGCCUUUGUGGAUCCCUUGGUAGAGAGACAAUGGCGUUCCAUCGGGUGCUUAGAUCAGGUGGUUUUGGGCAGCUACUUCCUUGCGCUCUGCGAGAUCAUGCUUCGGCUGGAUGCCAUUAUCAAGGUGCUGAACCACGGGUGCAGCUUCGAGGGCAUGGGGGUCCUGCCCAUGUUUCGGCUCACGCUGGCCUACAACGUGCUGUGCCUCCUAGUUCUGGUGCCUUUGCCCUUGCUCAACACCUACUGGAAGUCCAUCAGGCUGCAUAUGGUGCUGAUGAUGAUGGCCUACACGGAUCGCCUCGUAGCCAACUUUCCACUGCUGCACGUGGCGUGCAGCCAGAGGCACCAGGAGCUGGAAUGCCAACUGAUGGACGACAUGAACUGCAGUAAGGUGGAAUACUACCGUUUUCAGAUGCAGAUGUUCAGCGUCAUGGCGCAAGUUCUGGUUCUGCCAGAGUACAGGUACUGCGCUUAUAUGUGGUGCUGGAUAUUUCUGGCAGCUCUGGUUGCCUCUGCUAUCGUUGCAAACGAGGAGGACUGGGCUUUGGAUGCAAAGAAUGAGUUUUUCGUGCGCCUGGUGCUGCUGUCGUUGGUCCAGAUGGUGGCGAGCAGGAAGAAGUGCACCAUGGAGGAGCAGACGAGGUCCCUUUUCCUCACCAACCUCAAGAACCGGGAAGUGAGCAUGAGCAUGUUCAGAAUCCUCGAAUUUAUGGUGCCGGACUUUGUGAUUCUGCCCAUGCUGCAGCAUGCGCAGAACCCCUCGGUGCCGCUCUCCUUCCACUGCGACAGCGCCUCGGUACUGUUCAUCGCCUUUGACGACUUCGAGGAGGUGGUGCAGCGGAAGACCCCGCCGGAGCUGCUGCAGUUCCUGAACAAGUACUACAACCUUUUUGACUUCUACUGUGCCGCCUACGGGGUCACCAAGAUCGAGACCGUAGCCGAAGAGUACGUUUGCGCAGUGGGCGUUCGCCCCAAGGCCAGCGAUUGCUUCGAGGACGUUCUCACCCAGCUGAUUAAAGUGGCAGCGGAGAUCCGCUGCCUACAGGUUCGAGACCGGGUGGUUUUCAAGAUGGGCCUCCACACUGGCCCGGUGGUGGCUGGCGUGAUGGGCACCAAACUCCCGCGCUUCCGGCUGUUUGGGGACACGGUGAACACCGCUGCCCGCAUGAUGCAGAAGAGCCUCCCGGGAGAGGUGCAGAUGGGAGAAUCCACGCGCAAACAGCUGCCUGACUGGGUGCAAGUGCGGUUCAGGGGAGACAUCGAGAUGAAGGGAAAGGGCCUCAUGGCGGCGUAUUUGCUCGACGGCAUCGGCAACACCCGCCUGCAGGCCGUGGAGAUGCUGGCAACAGGGACUGGCCGAGAGAGGUUGAAGACGCCCAAGGCACUGUACAGCGCGCUGGUGGCAGGCAAGCAAGCCACCGAAGGCCCAGGCUGCGGCGGGCCGGGGGCGCCCAGCGCCUUCAACGACGUCAUCGGGCAGAUCUACGAGACGAAGCCGCGGCGGAGGACGUGCCGCCAGGCGCUCCACUUCUUCGGCCCAGGUUGGCGCAGCUUCCCAGAAGAUCUGGAAGGCGAAUUCCAGCAAUGGUACCAGCACGCGGUCUUCGCCGGGAACUUCAGCGCGCCCAGGCUCCAGAGGCAAGCGGGCUUCUUGCUCCUCCUGACUCUCGCGGAGGCUGCCUACAUGCUCUUCAUGAGCUCAGAUUUUCAGACCGCAAAUGAAUUCCUGGGAGGCGUGGAGGAGCUGUGGCUUUACUUCACCUUGCGCUUUUCUGCGAUCACUGUCUGCCUCUUGAUGUCCUGCGUAUGCCCCAGGUGGAUUUACAACCCACGGAAGCCGCACGUGGUGAAGAAGUCUGCAAAGGUUGGGACGAAUUGCCUUCAUUUGAUCUUUGUUUGUCUGGUGAUGCUCUCGUACAUGCUGCUGCCGUCGUACCUUGGCGAACCUUCCGGCUUCACCGUGAUUUUGCUGGCCCUGGGCCACAUGCCCAACACCGCGCAGAACGGCUACCCCUCGGAGGGCAUCGCCUUCCUGGGGUAUAGCUUGAUCUUUGUGGUGAAGGCCUUUAUGGGUGAGAUGAGCUUGCGGGACCAGUUCAAGGCGCGGAAGGCCAUCAACACCACCAAGGUGCACAUCGAAGGAAUCCUGGAGUCCAUGAUGCCUCACCUGGUGGUCUACGAGCUCCAGCGCCUGCCGCCCGAUGCACCCGCGCCCUCCCACCACUACUUCCGGGCCACCGUGGUGCAGUCAGACCUGGUGGGCUUUACCAGGAUGGCCAGCCUUCUGCCACCAGAGGAAGUGGUGAAGGCGGUCUCCGAAAUCUUCAGCAUCUUCGACAAGCUCGCGGAGAACCACGGCGUCUAUAAAGUGGAGACGGUGGGGGACGCAUACAUCGCGGGCCAAGCAGAGCCGCCUUUGACCAGCGAGAACGAUCCCCCCAGCGUGAUCCGAUUCGGGCUUGGCAUGGUCCACGCGGCGUCGGAUUGGUCGGAAACGCACGGGCAGCCCAUCAAGGUGCGUGUGGGGGUGCAUACCGGCGAGUGCAUCGGGGGCAUCGUGGGCAUCGACAAGCAGCGAUACCACCUCUUUGGGCAGCUGAUGCACCAGCUGGAGCUUUUGGAGUCCACCGCGCCGGAGUGCUUUGUACAGAUCUCCCAGUCCUGCAAGCAAGCCUCGGAGGCGCUAGCGGACUUCCACUUUGUGGAACGGCCAGAGCCCUACCUGGUGACGUCCAAAGGGGAGGUCCAUCAAUACCCGGAGGUGGGCGGACGCACGUUCCUGGUCUCUGCACAAACCGGAACCCGCAUCGAGUCCGCGCAUAGCCUAAGAAUUUAG